AUGUACGGCCGCCUUGCGUAUUCGCACUAUAAUUCUGCAAUAUUUAAGAACGGGCAAAAGGCAUUUUUAGACCACAACUGUACUCAAUAUAAUUGUUUUCUAACAAAUGAUAAGAGUCUUCUAUUGGAUCUGAGGUAUUAUGAUGCUAUACUUUUUGAUGUGGAAAAUAAUUGGGAAGAUCAUCCACCAGUGAGAGCUCCACAUCAAAGGUAUAUUUUCACUGCAUCAGAAUCCGCCGGAAACUAUCCAAUAUGCGAUGAUUACUUCGAGAACUAUUACAACCUAACAUGGACUUACAAACUGAAUUCAGAUAUACCAUGGACUUACAUUACCAUUGUGGAUAAAAACAACACAGUCAUAGGUCCGAAAGUAAAUCUGACAUGGGUAGAACAUAUGGAUCCUACGCCUGAUUUCGUAAAGAAAAAGUUAUUGAAGAAAAAGAAGGCAGUCGCGUGGUUCGUAUCAAAUUGCUAUUCCAAGGCCCGUCAAAAGGUUGCCAAUGACAUUGCGGUAUCACUAUCCAAAUAUAAUUUAAAGUUGGAUGUAUACGGCUGGUGUGGUAAUAAGACGUGUCCCAGAGAUCGGAUUGAAGAUUGUCUCGAUUUGCUACAGAAGGAUUACUUCUUUUAUUUGGCGUUAGAAAAGUCUAUGGCUGAGGACUAUGUCACGGAGAAGAUUUUAUAUCCGCUGUUACAUUAUACUGUGCCUAUUGUGUAUGGUGGUGCUAAUUACUCAAGGUUUCUUCCGCCAUCUUCCUAUAUUGAUGCAGGGAAAUUGAAUUCUGAUGAAAUAGCGACCCUUAUAGUUGAAGCAAUAAAUAACCGAAAUGUAUAUGAAGACUAUUUCAGAUGGCACAAUCACUACACAUACAAGGAGUCUCCAGUUAUCGCUGACGUGUGUUCCCUCUGCGAGCUUCUACAUUCACAGGAAAAUGAAUUCAAAUCCAUAAACAAGUUUAGACAAUGGUGGAAUCCGUCGUAUAAGGAGCUUUGUAAAAAUGAACACCAUUUCGUUGAUAUUAAGAAUAAAUAA